CUGAAACAUUUGUUGGCUCUUCAAUCCCCCCUCCCUUUCCACGAACUCGUCACUCACCUUCCUCGAUCCCUUUGCUUAUAUAAUACACCUCCCGCUUCCUCAUCUCCCAUCACUCCUAUUCACAACCUUAUUACAAGCAAUCAAGCUAUCCAUCAAAAUCCCAGCUCCCUCCUUUUCACGUACAAGUUUUUUUUUUUUACGUACUAAAAGCUCAGUGUCCGUCAACAAUGGCGCAAUAUCUGGUACUAGAUAAUGCUUUGGACUUCGAGGACUACUUCCCCUCCAUGAUCGCACGGCUGGGAACAGAAGGGUUCAUAGCAGAGAUCUGCAGCGGGUUUCGUCUGCUGAUGGAUUGCGAGAAGGGUCUCAUCACGUUUGAAAGCUUAAAGAGGAACAGUUUUUUGCUUGGCCUGCAUGAUAUGGGGGAUGAGGAGCUCGUUUGCAUGCUGCUGGAGGGUGAUCUUGAUGGCGAUGGGGCGCUGAGUCAGAUGGAGUUUUGCAUUCUCAUGUUUCGGAUGAGCCCGGGCUUGAUGGAUGGAUCUAAGAGGUGGAUGGAAGAUUUUGAUGUAGCUGAUCAAAUGUAGCCUCCUUUAAACGAUGAUCAUCACCUUCUGAUCAUUCAUCCAGGAAAAAUUGAAGAGAAGAAAAAAAAAAAAAAAAUUGUGGGCUUUAAUAAUUUCAUAUAUAUAUAUAUAUGCCUUCUUUCGUAUCUAUUAUAUGAAACUUUAAUCUUUUCUGGAUGAAUUCAAUGUCUAUUUGGAAUAAAGAGAUUACUUUUUAGUA